CUUCCACUCAACCGAUUAUUUUCUUCUGCGCUUUCCUCCUUCUACACGGCAUAUCCUUUCUCUCAUCUCAAUUCUCAAAAACCCUAAAAUCUCAGAGGGAAAGAGAGGCAGAGAUUCGCUGUUCCAAUUUCGUAGAAAUAACUCUUUUCUGCCGCCAAAAUCGAAAGAAAAUUUGGCGGGAGGCGGGAGAAUUCAAACGUUUCAACGGUCGGCUCUGCAAAUCUUUCAGCAAUGCAACAGUUGGAGACGGGGACAAGCUCGGAGAUAGUCCGAGAUGGCUUUAGAUCUCUGAUUUGCAGGUAAAUCUGUGUGCUAUUGUGGUUGGAGACUUGGAGUCAACAGUUUGGAGAAUUAAGCUCCGUAUUUUGGUUAAGGUGGUUUUCAUUUCUGCUUCUGGAUUAGGAUUAUCCAGUCUGUAAGAUGCAGUAGAAAAGAAGACUUUGGUUUGGUGAUUCACGCGAGUUUUGCUAGAUUUUCACUGCUUUGGUUCUGGGUUGGGUUUUGUAGGUUGACCAGUUGAGUUGAGUUUAUUGACUUCUUCUUUGAAUUGGAUUGAUUGGGGAACUUUUUUAAUGUUCCUUUAGGAGUGGCUUUGGAGUAAUAUCAAUUACUAUGGAGGAUCCAGGGGCUUUGGAUGGUGUUGGGAAUGGGGGGAUUGUCUUAUUAAAUGACAAGUCAAGGCAUCCGAGUAUUAAGGAGAGCGGGAAUAUUGGUGAUGAGAUCGUUUCUAAUUUUGAUUCUUAUUUUGAUGAAAUGGCCGACUGUUUGACUAUCUCUAGUAUGGUGUGUGACACUGUCAUCAAAGGUAUGGCUAACGAUAUCAUGGAAGAGGUUUUUGAGAAAAUUGCUCUGAAAGUAAAGGAGAUGGAGUCGUUGAACAAAAAAUUGCAAUUCUGUGAAUCAGGUGUGGACGAAAUUGAUGGACUGAGGCUCUCAAGAAUGGGGAAUGCUCCUAGUAGGAGAAAGCUUGUUCAAUAUUCAAGCUUUCCAUGCAUUGCAGCAAGUGAUGGUAUGGAGAACCAUCUGGAUAAGUUAAGAAUAGUGGCAGAAGAGCAGUUUCAGAGGUUGACAACAGAAAUAGAAAAUGUAAAGGAGAGCAAAUGGGUGAAGGUGGAUAAAAGCCUCAAGAUGUUGAAGAACACAUUAAAAACUGUUUUCGAACAGGUUGAUGAUAUAAUUUACUUGUCUAAGGCAUCACUUCAUGACUGGCAGCAGGAGCGUGAGUUUCAAGAAGAAAUUGAAGUAAUGGUAAUUCAGAAUUCAGUUAGGAGUUUGCAGGAGGAAUCUGAAGCAAAGUUGUGGCUACAAAAUGCUCAAGUUUGUGAUAGACAAAACAUAAACCAAUUGACAAAGAUCAGUGAGAUUUCAAGUUUACGUCAAGAACUAGAUGCCAUUGCUAAAAUGUUUUCUGGGCCUGAAGUGGGGCAACUAUCCUCUCAUGAGUUCCUUCACAAGGGAUUGACUAACUACAUCAGAUUGCCUGCUUCCCUUCAAGAGGAAAGUCUUAAACAUGAGGAGCCCAAAAGAACAAUGCCUUGCACUAUGGAUUCAGAGAAGUUAAAGCUCAUGUCAAAGGAUGAUCUGAUAAAUGAAAUGAUCAAGAUGAAGAGAGAUCAUGAAUCUAGAUUGCAGGAAGAAAUAGAGAAGUAUUACAAACUCAGGCGGGAAUUUCUCAAUGAAAGGGAUUCUUCUUCACACUUGAAAAAAGAUAAGGAGUUUGAUGCCUUGAGGAAAAAGAUCUCAGAGAUCAUUUUGAAGUUGGAUAUUAUCUUCAAGGAGACUAAAGAACAACCUAUGGUGUGUGAAGAUUUAAAAAAUUUACAGGUCUUGAAAGACAGACUAGACUCACUUCUUUUUGAGAACCAUCAACUAAAAGACUUUCUUAGAAAUGAGAGGAAGCAAGUUAAAUGCUUAUCAUCACAGGUUUCCGGUGCUGCAGAUAAAAUUUCAUGCCAUUCAUUGACAAAGGAAAAGUUGUUAAUGCAUAUAAAAAAGCUUGAAUGUAAUAUUGAAGAUUUGGAAAUGAGAGUUUUUGUUAAGGAGGAUGUAAAUAAAUGCAUUCUCAAGGAGUUGUUUAGGAAAAUCAGAUGUGACAUUGAAGAUACUGAUAUAAUGACUAAGUUCACACAAGAAAUAUGUGGACUUAUAUUCAAAGAAUCUUUUAAAGAUGCUGAGGCUGCAACUGAAUGGAGCAUUGAAGAUUCAGAUAUGGAGCAUAUUUUCAUGCAAGAAAUAUGUGAAAUUAUUUUCAGAGAAGCUGUUAAGGAUGCUGAAGCUACAAUUAAUUCCAUGAAGAUGAGAUCCCUCCAGGAAAAUGAAAGAGUAAUAUCCCUUGAAGCAACAGUACUAGGUAUUAAAAAGGCCCUAACUUUAAAUCUUGAAGAAAAGGAACAAAUGAAGAAAGAGAUACUAUCAUUGUCAGCUUUGGUGACAGAUAAGGAGAAACUGGCAACAAAGACAGAGUCUACAUUGAUGGAGGUGCAGGGGCAAUAUGACCAAGUCUUUCAAGAGCUCAAUAGACUAAGAGAUGAAGUGAGUCACAAAGAGAGAUUGAUUUCCAACAGCAACAUAGAAUCAAAUACAAUGAAGAAGAAAUUAAAGGAGGCUUUGGAGCAACUGGAUUUAUAUAGGGAAGAAAUUGAAAAGCUAGAUCAAAACCUUAAGCUAGAAAUAAAAAAACUAGGUGCAGCAGAUGAAGAGAGAAGUAUUCUUCAUGCCACUAUUAAAGAGAACCAAGAUGUUAUAGCAAUGGUUAAAACAAAAGAAAGAGAGCACAAGAAGCAAAUGGAAUACAUAAUCAUGUCUAUUGAAGCAAUAUCAAGAUCUAUUGCUGAUUUUGAACGCGAAGUAGCAGAGGCUGUCAAAAGGAAUAACCUAAGGUUGGAUGAUCUCAACUCACAAUGCAGACCACUUGUCCAAGGAGCUAAUUCACUUAGGAGAAUAGGAUUGAUGUACGAACAAAGACUUGAGAGGAGAUGUUCUGACCUACAAAUGGCUGAGGCUGAGGUUGAUUUAUUAGGAGAUCAGGUGGAUGCACUUCUAAGCCUUCUUGAAAAGAUAUACAUAGCACUUGAUCAUUAUGCACCGGUACUGCAGCACUAUACUGGGAUUAUGGAGAUCCUCAAGUUGGUUAGAAGAGAGCUAAGAGGAGAAACUAUACCAGUUUGAUGAGCUCUGUUGUAAGGUUUUGUUUCUCUAAAAGAACUCUAGUUAUACCCAGAAGAGUCAGGGAUAGGAGAAAUUCGAUGCACAGAUGGUUAUGCCAACGUAUAUGACAAAUUCAUCAACUUCCACUGUUCCACAGGAAAAACUCAAUCAAGCCCAGCUCUCAUGACAGGUGUAUUCUUUUUUAGUAGAGGAUUUUGAUUCAUUCAUUUCUUGCAUAUAUUUCGACCAAAAUGUAUAUUCGUCAAUUUUGCAAGCGAUCAAGAUGAGAUAUAUACCAAUGCAUUAUUUAUGUAGGUUUUGUCUUUUUUUGUGUGUGUUUUGUGGGGGGGGAUGUUUUUUAGGUUUACUUCCAAAAAAGUGAUGUUUUCUAGGUCUAGUUUGAAAGGAGUACAAGUACAAAUAUAUACAGUGCAAAUACAUACAAAAUUCAAGGUUUUACACCAUAUUUGUUUGAACA